AUGACCAAGAUGCAGGGCAAGAGCGAGAUGUGCAGCAAGGCCGUUGCCAAGAAAAAAUCUCCCGUCUUUCACAAAUUCACAGAGCUAUCGGCCGAGCUCCGCCUGCUCAUCAUCGGCGCGGCGCUCGACGAGGACCGCAAGCACCGUCCAACCCGAGUGGUGCUGCUCGACCCCACCACGCGGCGUAUCUCCCCGACGGUGGACCUUGGGGACAAUCCCUCGCCCCUUCUUUUCGUCAACAUGGAGUUUCGCGAAGCUGCCCUCGAAACUUACGUCAGGCUGUCCGUACUGGACUUGGGCUACCCGGACGUUGGACAGUAUGGCAACGAGACCGACUGGUACGAUGGUGAUGGCUGUCUGCGUUAUGUUCCGGCCAUCGCCCAGCAGAUUGACCGCGAGGCCGAAAGGGGCAAACCUAGGGUAAUUUCUGACACUUAUCUUGUCUCUUUCUCUCCACUUCUCAUGCUCAUACACAUACACAUCACGCCGUAUUCGAAGCAUCUGUCGAGCCAUGACAUGACAAGGACGCGGACUGACCAGAGGCAUCCAUCCGUUCAGGGCGGCAUCUAUCUCGACGUCAAGAAAGACAUCUUCAUCAUAGGCUCCACACCUAGACAGAUCCUCGAGACAGGCGCCUUCCAGGAGAUGUGUGACUGCGAAGAGGGCCCCUGGUGUCUGCCUGCCUUCCGCCUCACCGAGAAACUUCCCUUCGAAGCCUGUGCCGAGGUCGUGACGAUGCGUGAGCUCACAUGGGAUCCCGCCAGGAGCUGUACCCAUUGCGGUACUUACCAUCCUCCCCGGUCCGACAAGGACUUCUUCAUGAGCAGGGGCCACAUCCCUCCUCUGUAUGACGCCGCCAUCUUCUCCAGUGUGAGCGCGUUUGGCUAUUAUAUCAUGAGUGGGGAUGUUGACCCGGAGCAGUUCCUAUUCGAGGUGACCGCCCUGGAGAGCGCCGAUUUCCUGAAGGAGUGGAGUGAGAGGUUCUAUAAGGCUGUGUACCUCAACGGCAAGAUUGUGGCUUGA